GAAAAGUGAAGCGUCCCUCCACACACUGCAGCGCGUUCUGCGCGACUGCGUCUCUCCCAACCUCGAUGUCGCGCUCAAUGCUGGCGCGUUCUCCGAUUAAAAUAUCUCAUCAACUACGAGGCAACGCUCAGCGAUAUGCCAUACGCGCUGCUAGUCAAGCUGCAACGGUGACCAAGUCAAAAUCUUUGCCAGAAAAACCGGCUGCCUCGCUCGGGUCUCCGCCUCAGCAGACAUGGCUCACGAGAUACUUGAAGGAACAUCCAGCAGCAAUGAACGUUUUCAUGAGGUUCAGCAGACUCCUAGGAUACGGUAGCCCCAAGCAACUCGCGGCGAGACGCGCCCUCGCGCUUUACCGGGGUGUAUGCGUCAAUAAAGCAGACGAAGAGCAGAAAUUCUGGCAACUAGAGUGCGACCUCCCGCCGACCUUCCAGUCCUGGUUCACAAUCACGAACUUGCACGUCUGGCUGCUCAUCGUGCGCCUGCGCGCGCUGCCGCCCCCGCACGGGAUGAACCACAUCCAGGCGCUGCUCGACCACUUCUUCAUGGACGUCGAGGACCGCAUCCGCGCGAUUCUGCAGCCGCGCACGUUCGAGGCCGCGCAACGCACGCCGCCCAGCUCCGCGUUCUACCCGAACCGCCGGCGCGACGAGGGGCCCGAGGCGGGCGUCACUGAGGACGGAGAGAAGAAGCCGCUGCGCAAGAACGCGCCCGAGAGCCUCGUGUCCCGCCAGAUGAAGAUCUUCCGCGACCAGUACCAGGGGAUGGCGAUGGCGCUCGACCUGGGCGUGGUGAAGGGCGACGCGGAGCUCGCCGGCGCGGUAUGGCGAAACUUCCUCGGCGCGCGGGGCGCGCGCGGGAUCGUCUACGCGGAGGACGGCGACGCGCUCGCUGGGCAGCCCGCAUUCCGGCGCUCGGUGAACCCCACGGACAAGAGCCUGCAGAGCGUGUCGAACGACAAGCUCGAGGCGGCGGAGACGGAGGACGACCAGUCGGGCGUGCACGACUACUUCCCGCACGAGGCGGACAAGUACCUCGCGUACCCGGAGCUGAUGAAGACGCUCGCGACGUAUAUACGCAAGGAGCUCGUGCGCCUGGGGAGGGUGAGCGACGAGGAGAUCAUGGGGUCAAUGCAGCCCGGGAAGGAGUUUGACGGCGUGGAGAAGUUGAAGUUUGGGCCCAUCAAGGGACACUGAGGGGCGCUGUCUGGGUCACUGCACGAAGAAAGUACUGUAGAACAUACAGCUAGUUGUAAUGUAACUCCCUACUCUUCCGCAUAUUCGUAGAUAACUUAGAGUGGUAUACAGCGUAACUCCGACAUACCGCGUUAUACGGCCAUUCACGCUCCUCUUAUUCCCGAG